CUAGUGAAAUGGGUACACGCAGCUCGCUUGUCCUGCUUCCCUUGGCGAUCCUGCUCCUCAACAACAGCCACGCCUCAGCAGUACAAACCUUGGCUGGCGACACCAUCAGCAUGCCUCUCUGGGUGCAUCCCAGGGAGCGGCAGCUGCUGGACUUGAAGGUCGGCGAUAUGCAAGUGGAUAUGGUCGUUUCCCAGGACGGGAGCGGUCACUUCAGCACUGUCAGCGAGGCCCUGGAAGCAGCUCGGCCGGUGAGAGGUAAGAUGUACGUGAUAUACAUAAAAGGGGGGAUAUAUCGUGAGGAGGUGGUCAUAAGGAAGAACAACAUAGCCUUAAUCGGUGAUGGAAUCAACAAGACGGUGAUCACCGGCAACAAGAGCAGGCAAGGUGACGGGUGGGCCUCAUAUGACACGGCCGUCGUCUAUGCCAAAGGCAAAAUGCUCUUGGCGCGUGACCUCACAGUAGAGAAUACGGCGGGCCGGGAAGCUGGUGCAGCGGUGGCUCUCAGGUCAGCCUCCAAACAGUCCGUGUUCUAUCGCUGCGAGUUCAAGGGAUACGAGGACACGCUGCUCGCCGACUCCAACCGCCAGUUCUAUCGGGAGUGCGUUAUCUCGGGAACGGUGGACUUCAUUUACGGCAACGCCAAGGCCGUCUUCCAGGACUGCCUCCUCCUUGCACGUGCCCCGCUGAAAGGAAAACACAAUGUUAUUACAGCCCAAGGCCGCGAUGGUCCUGACGGCUCGUCAGGCUUCUCGUUUCAGAACUGCAGGGUGACAUCACAAGAAGAUCUCAACGGCUCCGAGACCGAGACAUACUUUGGUAGGCCGUGGAAGAACCACUCGCACGUGGUCUUCAUGCAGUCCUUCCUCGACACCAUCGUGCACCCCAGCGGAUGGGUUGCAUGGAACAAAACAAACGGCGACGUCCCGCCUACAGUCUUUUACGGCGAGUACGGGAACACGGGCCCUGGGGCAAACUUGAGCAAGCGUGUGCCCUGGCUCCACGUUAUGGACGCCGGUCAAGCUGAGCAUUACACGGUGAAGCGACUCAUCCGUGGGGAUGAGUGGCUCAAUGCCACCGGAGUCGUUUACCAGCCUGGGCUGUAGACGACGAUUAGUAAAAGCCGCACUCAAAGACUGGACUUGUGUGCGUACGUACUACGAGUAUAUAUCUAUCUGUAAUAAGUGCAUGCGAUCCAAAUAAGGGUUGAGUGAGUGGAUGGGUAGAGACUAGUACUGCCAAGCUAGGUCUCAGUAGACAUAUGUCUAUGCUAUGCAUGCAUGCCUGCCUGCCUAUGCCUGUCCUAUGUGUGUGUGGCCUCUCGUGAAAUAAGAGCUGUGCGCCUGUCC